CAACGCGCAACCAUGAAGAAAAUGGAGGAGGCAUUCAUGGAGGAGGCAUUCGAGCAGGCGAGGGAGGCAUUGGUGGCUGGGGAGGUGCCAGUGGGCUGCGUCUUCGUCUACAACAACACCAUCAUCGCGAGGGGACGCAACACCGUCAACGAGACCCACAACGCAACCCGACACGCUGAGAUAAACUGCGUCGAUCGAACCCUAGACUGGUGCCGAGCUAUGGGGUUGGACCAGAGAGCUGUGUUCCCUGCGAUCGAAAUUUACGUAACCGUUGAGCCUUGUGGGAUGUGCGCGGAUGCCUUAGGACAGCUGGGCGUGGCUAGGCUAGUGUACGGAUGCUCUAAUGAUCGUUUUGGGGGCUGCGGUUCGGUGGUUGAUGUCCCACGUAUGUACGAACACACGUAUGGGAUUGUUGAGGGUGUGAGGGCGGGAGACGCAAUUCAACUCCUUAAGGAUUUCUACAAGGGUGAAAAUCCGAAUGCACCGACAGAUAAGGCUAAGAGAAAAGUGUGAAUAGUGGGGCCAAGUAGUAGUGGUAGUAGUAGUAGUUGUAGUUAUUUUUUUCUUUAUUUUUGUAUGUAUAUAAUUUCAACUUUUUUUGUUUCCGAGAUCGUGUUAGUUGCUAAGACUCCUGUUAUUUAUUUUUCGUAAUUUCGUUUUUCUUCCAUUUUUAUAAUAUGUUUCUGUUGGUAAGAUUGAGUUCCUGUUUAUAUCUAAUAGUUUUGUGUUACUGAACUUGUGUUGCUGUGAGAGAUUUUCGUGUAGUGGUAGAAGGAAGAGGAGGAGGAGGAGGAGAAAGGGAAGAGGGGAAGAUUGAGGCACUGAUGGUUUGAGGGAUUAAGGUGCCAGAGAUAGAUAGAUACACAUAGAUGGAUAGAUAGAGUCGUAGUAGAUAGACACACUGCCUUGAAUAGGGGAAUAGGUUGUGUUAGAUAUAGAUAGUAAUAGUAGUAGUAGUAGAGGGAAAAAUCAAACAUUCUUUCACAUAAGCAGGUUUAUUAUUGAAUUAUUUUGCCAUAGACUUUUUAUAGCACCAUUUUUACACACAGGUGGGCAUCCCUACACACACACACACACACACACACACACACACACACACACACACA